AUUAUUUUUAUUUUUCUUAAUUUUAUAUAUCUUUUAUAAAUGUCAAAUCAUAUACCUUCUAUCAAAUUAGUUGUUUUGGGAGAGUCUUCUGUAGGGAAAUCAAGCAUUGUUACCAGAUACGUUGAAAAUACAUUCAUGAAUAAAAGAGAUCCAACUAUUGGUGCUGAACUAUCAACAAAAAUUUAUUCUAUUGAAACACAUGAUAUUAAAUUCGUAAUUUGGGAUACUGCAGGUCAAGAGAGGUUUCAUGCACUGGCUCCUAUGUAUUACAGAAAUGCUUUAGCAGCAAUGGUUGUAUUUGAUGUAACAAACUAUAAUACUUAUGAAAAAGCAAAAGAAUGGAUUAUUGAAUUAAAAAAUCAGGCUUCCUCAGAUAUUGUUAUCGUAUUAACAGGAAAUAAGAUCGAUUUACAAGAAUACUUGCGAGAAGUAUCGAGAGAAGAAGCUGAAUCAUAUGCAAAAGCAUUAAAUAUAUUAUAUAUGGAAACAAGUGCAAAAUUAAGUACGAAUAUUCAUCAUAUAUUUACUGAAAUAGCUAAAAGAAUUCCUACCAGUUAUUUGCAGUUGAACAAUAAUGAGACUAUCAGAAUACCUUUAACUGUUAAAGACGGCAAUAUCAAAAAACGAUAUAAAAAUAAUAAUGCUCGUUGUAAUUGCUAA